AUGCUCUGCAAGGGGAUCCACAACUCACCAGGUCACCCACUUUUCUACCACAGGCAGCUCAGUGGCUCUUGCACACGCAGCUGGAAUCUCUCGCCAUCCGUCUUGCCAUCUGCGCCCUUGGAUUCAGCCAAACUGGACGAGUCUCGCCGGCCCAGGUCCGUAGCGCCUCACAGUACAGCAGCGUCCACCCCCGCCAGUUCAGCUUGGUCCGCUGGCCUUCCACCAGCUGGCUCGGUAUACCAGACACCGGACGGCCUAAGAUCGAGCAUCGGCACAAACGAGGGCCAGCUGAAUCUGCCCUUGUUGCAUACGAUUCCCGGUAUUGGCAGGACGCCUUUCCCUUCCGAGUUGGUCCCGCCCGAUAGUGAGCCGAGGGGACUGCCUGCAUCCGCACUACUGCGCAGUAGAAAUUCCGAUCCAGCCAGUAUUGACAGCUCACGAGCGUUGAGAGACUCAUCACAAUCGAUGCAUUCUGGAUCAGUGGCCUAUCUCACAUCCAACAUGGCCCAUAAUUCACAGAACUAUGGUUGGCAACACCGGCUGCCGCAACCGCUGCAUCAUCCCUCGUCGAUGUCCAUGGACCAACAUCCAUUUCCCCCAGCACAGGCUCUCCCGCCGCACCCAAGCUAUCCAGCUGCAUACCCACCCCAGCCGCCGGGCUCGCAGAACUACUAUCAACCCGGACUCCCUUCAGCACAAUAUCUAAUGCCACAGAACCGACAACAGCCCCGAAGCGCUUCCAUCCCCUAUUCAUAUCCGAGUAGCUCCGUCUCCGGCAGCCCACCUACCAUUCCAGAUCCAGCAUUUGCACCAGCGCCAUCGUCUUACCUUGUGAAUCCACCCGAUUACUACAUGUCUCCCAGCUCUUCUCUCUCACAAACCCCUAGCUCUAUACCGCAUCCCCAAGGCCUCCUCCCUACAGGAACCGUCUACUCAUCACCCGAGUCCGCACAGAACUCCUCAGAUCCGGAACAGCAAGUCCGGGUCAUCAGCUUUCGACCGAAGCCGCAGUGUUGGGAUCAUGGGUGCAACGGCCGCGAGUUCUCCACCUUCAGCAAUCUUCUACGCCAUCAAAGAGAGAAGUCGGGGGUCGUUGCCAAGGCAGAAUGUCCCAGUUGUGGUGCCGUCUUCACCCGCACUACCGCGCGGAACAUCCAUGUCGCUCAAGGGAAGUGCAAGGGCAUUGCACGGGAACCCUCGGCCGAGUGA